CGCGGCAAUGACGCCACAGGGGCGGACGUUGUUUUCUCGCGGAUAUUCAGCAGCUGUGGUGUAAAAGAGUGUCGGGCUCAGGAUUAAAGGCAGUAAUGUGUCGUGUUGAGUAAUGUGUCGUGUUGAGUAAUGUGUCGUGUUGAGUAAUGUGUCGUGUUCACUGAUGUGGUGAAGGAUGGAGGUGUCGGACAGUCCGCUCAACCUCGCCCAUCAACAGUGCAGGAAAGCAGACCGUCUGCUGGCCGCUGGGAAGUUUGAAGAUGCCAUCUCCUGCCACAGAAAAGCAGCAGAACUUCUCAGAGAAGCCAUGAAGCUCACAGAGUGUGAACAGGCUCGCUUGUCUCUGGAGCUGCAGCGAGACAGUCACGUGAAACAGCAGAGAUUGAUCGAGGAGCGCUGGAAAAGAGCCAGACGAGAGAACAAGCCCAGAAUCCUGCAGCACGUCUCCUCAGAGCCCACACCUCGUCUGCACCCGCAGCCGUCCGCUGACGCCGCGCAGUCCUCCGAUCGCGAGUACGACACCUGGCUGUACCUCCUGAAGAACAAAGAUGCCGCCCCGGAGCCCUGCCCGGGCAGCAAAGCCCAGAAAGAUGACAAAACACGCCUGGAGGAGCAGCAGACCACCAUUGAGGACCUGCGCAAGCUGGUGGACAACCUGGUGUGUGAGAACGAGCGCCUGAAACGGGAGAACGAGCGUCUGCAGGCCGAGAACGUGCGGAUCAAGAAGGAGCCCUACGCACACUUGGUGGACAGGUCGGAGGUUUGGGUUCUUCCGCAGCCGACAGAGGAACGCAAGGCCAAGGACAUACCCAUCCCCCAGCUUCCCCCGCUGGAGAUGCCCACUCAGGAGAUCCCUCUGGAAGACCUUCCCGCUCUGGAGCUUCCCGAGGACAUCCAGCAAGUGCUGCAGGAGCUGCUGGACGGAGAGAAGCAUUAGAAGAAUCUGUCCGUCUGAAGACGCAGCACGUUUGUUUUGCUGGUUUAGGUGGCGCCGCCCUAUAGGUACUGUAGCCAAUGACAUAAACAAACAGAGCUCUGAAGUAUGUGUGCCUUUUUUUCAAUGUUUCUAACGUGCUUUUGUUAUGAAGUUGAAGUGGAAAGCGACGGUGGAGACUGCGGCUGAACUGCACUUCUUUACCGUCACAUGAUGAUAAUAUCCACUUCCACCUUUAUCAGCAGGUCAACCUGCCCCGUUCUGACUGAGAAACAAACUUAACCUCUCCCAGAUGCAGGGGACGGUGAACACUGUGAACUACACGCAGACUGUGUGUGUGUGUUUUGUGACCUGUGGAUUAGCACGUGCUGUGGUAGGUUUGUUAUGGACAUGAGCGUGCAGCUUCAGUUCUCUGUAUCAGCACCACAGAUUUAUGGCAUCGAGGAAAUAGGCAUCAAUGCAGUUAGCUAUGCGUUCUGUUCUACACACAGAUAACCAGCUUGCGGCCGUUCACACUUGUUUUGCCUUAUUGCAGAAGUCCAGUAGACACUCAUGAUGUCAUCUCUAGAAACCCUGCCUGGAUGAUUCGUCACGGUGGCUUUGUAGCAACUAUAAAACCACAAGCGCGUGCGCUAAUGUUUGAUGAUUAUUUCUGUAGGAUGAGGGGCUUCACGACUGAACUAUUUCAUGAUCAAUCCAUCAGGACCAGAGAGUGAGAAUUAUAAGCAAUAAUAAUCACACACAGUGUCAGUUCCCAGCAGUGGCAUUUUAGUUCUCUCCAUUCUCUUUAAGUCUUUGUCUUGUCAUUGCUUGUCCUGCUCAUCUUUGUUUUCACGUUGAGUCUGAGAUUUUCUGGUAGUGCAGCCAAAGAUCAAACUCUGUGUCGGCGUGAUGAGAACAUGUCCUGAGCUGUCUGGAUGUUUUUUUAAGCUUAAUUUGUACUGUAAUCAAUGGAGGAUUGUCUGGAUCAGGAUGUUAAUGUGUUCAGGUGACAGACCGCACAAUCAUACCACAUCUAACAGUAAAGCAGGUUCACUCGUCACACAGACUAACGGCGAAUGGAAAACGAGAGCUUUUUAAUGCAACACAGAAAACUAUUGAAUAUUGGCUUGUAUUUGUGUUAUAAAGAGGGAACCAAAUCAGAUUUUGCUUUUAUUAUUAUUAUUUCAAUGUUCAAUUACUGGUUUACCACAGUAAUCAGGGUGCAUCAGAUAUUAUUUCUUUUUAUAAUUUUUGUUUUGUCUUAUGUAAAAAUAAUGAAGUGUUUUGAUGCAUGGAUGACUGUACUAGAUGUAAGUGUAUGAUUAAGAUGUAAAAAAAAAAGAGUUUGUGUCGGUGAGUUUUGAUGAGCAUUAAAAAUGAAUGAACAUGUGGAAGCUUUA